GGCAGGACAAGUGGCCACGAGCCUCAUGACCUCAUCUUUUUCCACCACAUGGAGAUUGGUGGCUGUGCUUGGGACAGAGUUUAAAUUCCCGGAGCUCAGAGAUGUCAGGCAGCAGGGGACGAGGGGAGAAAACCAGAGCUGCUGGGAGCCAACUGUCUGGAGCUGCUGCUGGGAUCACUAAGAGUGCUCUUGGUUUGGCUUACUCCUUCAGCACCAUAAAAGGUAAAAUAUCACCAUGAAGGAGACAGUUCUGUGUUUAUGCCUUAUCAGCAUCACAGCUGCAUGGCCAGUGAUUCAAUCCAAGCAGCCUGUCAUUUCUGCCAGCUCCAAAGAAAAAUAUGACUCCAGGGGCCAUCACUUGCACAGAUAUCACAAUGACUAUGUGAAUUCUCAGUCUUGGGAGAGUCAGCAGCACCCUCAGAGUGACCUGGCAUCAUCUCAGCAGACCCUUUACUCUUCAGAAGAAAGUGUGGAUGUCCCAGAACAAUUGCACUUUUCUGAUGUGUCAAGCAAGAGCCAUGAAGAUGUGGAUGAUGAUGAUGACGAUGACGACAAUGAUUCCAAUGACACGGAUGAAUCUGAAGAGAUUGUCACAAUUUUUCCCACAGACAUUCCAGUAACCGAACCAUUCCCCACUUUCCCUUUCACCCAGGGAAAUAAUGCUGGCAGAGGUGACAGUGUGGCCUACAGGAUGAGGGCAAAAGCUGCACUGUUGAAGUCUAUCAAACUCCACAAAGCUACCAAAAAGCUCAUCUAUGAUGCGACUCAGGAAGAUGAGAGCGACAUGGAUGCAGACAGCCAGCGCUCUGUCUCCCGGGAGGAUUCUGCUUCCCGCAGGUCCCUGAGGAAGCACGCCAGCAGCAUGGUAUGGUCUGACCAGAGCCACGGGCGGGACAGUAGCGAGCAGGACAGUGACCCGCAUUACCGGAGCUUGGAAAACGACAGCAGGCCCGACAGCCACGAGGCAGAAGGCGACAGUAGCGAGUCUGGUAUUAGAGGGGACAGCCACUCAAGUGUGGAAAGCAGGGAGAAAGGGGACAGCCUCUCAAGUGUGGAAAGCAGGGAGAGAGGGGACAGCCUCUCAAGUGUGGAAAGCAGGGAGAAAGGGGACAGCCUCUCAAGUGUGGAAAGCAGGGAGAAAGGGGACAGCCUCUCAAGUGUGGAAAGCAGGGAGAAAGGGGACAGCCUCUCAAGUGUGGAAAGCAGGGAGAGAGGGGACAGCCACCCGAGCGUGGAAAGUAGGGAGAGCCGGGAUCGCGUGUCAGCCGAGCUCUCUGACGAUAUCAUCACCCAAACCCUGGAAAAUGCCGAGGAUUCUCAAGAUCGUCACAGCAUCGAAAGUAACGAAGUCACCCUUUAAAAAGAAAUAAAAAUAAGGUUUCCCUUCUUUUCCAAUCCCUACCUAAGGGAAGCAGGGAGUAGCUUCAUUUCGGGGAACUGUUUGUUAAUGUAGUUUGCGUGGUGACUUUUGGAGUUCGAGACGGUCCAUGGCCCCUGGAGCUGUGCCGGCGGAGGCUGUGGGACACGGCGGGCGAACGUCGCCCCUCGGGCACGCUGCUCUCUGCGCUGCCGGGCGUGUAUUGCUGUAACGGGACUUAAAAUAAAACCUCAAACCCUU